CACACACACACACACACACACACACACACACACAGUGAGCUGGAUUAGUCUCAGUUAAUAUCAAUAAGAUGAAGCUGGCGAGGCGUGUCUGAUCCCAGGCCAGUACAAAAGCCUCCCGAGGGUGCCCACCUCUCUCUUAGGUCCCAGAGUCGUGCGUCUGUGAGAAGCGAAAACGCUCGCCUGCACAGCAGACCGGUUGGGCUUUCCUGACAGAUUUAGCUCACGCCCAAACAGGCGGCUCUCAGCUCGGCGAUGGGGAAUUCAACGGGGUGCACCGUGGACGACCUGCAGGCUGUGGAAAUGCACCUGUGGUAUAAGAAGUUCAUGACCGAGUGUCCAUCCGGUCAGCUCACGCUGCACGAGUUCAAGCAGUUCUUCGGGCUGAGAGGUCUGGACCCAGAGGCCAACGCUUACAUCGAGCAGAUGUUUCGCACUUUUGACAUGAACAAGGAUGGUUACAUAGACUUCAUGGAGUAUGUGGCCGCUCUCAGUCUUGUAAUGAGAGGCAAGAUGGAGCACAAACUGCGCUGGUAUUUCAGGCUUUACGACGUUGACGGCAAUGGCUGCAUAGACCGACACGAGCUCCUCAAUAUCAUCAAGGCCAUCCGCGCCAUCAAUGGAAGCGAGUCGCAGGAAUUGAGUGCCGAGGAGUUCACAAACCGAGUGUUCGAUAGGAUCGACAUCAACGGAGACGGGGAGCUGUCACUCGAGGAGUUCGUAGCGGGGGCCCGGAGCGACGAGGAAUUUAUGGAGGUCAUGAUAAAGAGCUUAGACCUUUCGCACAUCGUGGCGAUGAUCCACAACCGGAGACACAGCGUCUGAGAGACAGCCCGCAUGCGGUUCUCCCUAGGAGUCUCAGCUAAUUCUGAAAGCACUUUAAAGCACAAACAGUCACUUCAAACCGAGAUAAAGGGGCCAAGAAAUUAAACUGGUGUGGGACGUCCCGCAUCUAAUAAACUGACUGUUUCCCAAAAACGGCCUUCUCUCGCUCAGCAGAAAGAGGCUUCACGGGAAAAGAAUCAGAAUGAUGUGGAUGUCCGUUUAUAGAGUUUUAUUUUUUGUUACUUUAUUAUUAACAGCAAAAAAAAAAGAUGUAACAUUUCUUUUUAUGUACAUUCAUCAUUUGUAUUAGACGCCUCAGAGAAACACAUUCCUAAAUCUUUGACUGAUAAGUGUGUAACAAAUACGUUUGAUCAAAAUUUUGGGGCCCUCAAGGCUACAUAAAAACAAGUGAUAUUGUAAAACAAUUGCAAUUCAAAACAAUGGGUUUUUUUGUCUUUUACAUUUUUAUAUUUUAAAAUAUGGUUUAUUGUCAAAUCUGAAUAUUUAGGGUUAGCUGAUUUUUUUUGGUACUAUAAAAUGGUCAACUUUUAAUAAUUCCAUCUUUUUUUAAACAGCAUUUUAAAACGUGUCUCAGUUAAUAUAAGGUUAAUCAACCAACCUCAUAUUAAUUGAAUUUCAUUUAAUACACACUUGUUAAAACGGUCUUCAGUUAUAUUCCACUGCAUGUCUUCUUAUAUAUAUAUAUAUAUAUAUAUAUAUAUAUAUAUCAUAUACUGUAUUUACUAAUAUUGCAUAUUAUCUUAUACCUUUGCAGUGUUUAAGAACGAAACUGGCUUGUUCUGCAUUCGCAUAGACAUGUUAUAAGGGUGCCUUCUGUUGUAGGACCACAGGGCCUACUUUAAGCUUGUUAAUGAACUGCUUGUGCUUCCCUUCGGACAUUAAAAACAAAAACAACUGACGCUGUCGUGAGUCCAUGCAUGCAUCAACAUACGGCAGACACCCAAACGACCCUUUGCCCUGAGCCUCCACCCUCCAUUCAAACUCCGUCAGCGCGCGAGAAAACACACGAGUCACAUUCGGAGCCUUUUUAGCCGCGGUCCCUCAGUUUCCAUGACAACCGCAAUCUAUUACCAUGGAGACCUUGUGAGUCAGACGCAGCGACAGUAACCUCAGAAAAGCCGAAUUAACAGACGGCGAUACUAAAAGCCUAAAAUUUCAAUUAAUC